AUGAACACCAGCGAUUUAUUCGGUGGAGUCAGCAGUGAUGAAGAUGAUAGUUUCGUGCUGAAACCCACUGAAAAAGAGACUGAAAAAGAGAGUACGAACACAUUGAUGGCAGAUUUGGAAAUGAGUGAUGACAGUGAUACAGACGAUGUUCUAUCCGUCAAAAAAUCAGAAUCUCCAGUCGGAAAACCAGUGAAAUUCUUUUUGUCAAGUGAUGAGGAUUCUCAGGAUAUGCCAGAUAUCGAUGAGAUUAUCAAGUAUCAUAAAGAGGUUUCAGCUGUGAAACAGAUCAGCCCAGUGAAUAGCGUCAAACAGGAAGAGUUUGAAGAGAAGAAAGUGAAAUUAGAAGAUGUUCAGGAACCACCAAAAAAGAAGAUUCGAGUUGAAGAAGAAUCUGAAAUUAAGCCAAUUUUUCAGCCACCUCAACACGAUAAAUCUUCUGAAAAUCUCAUCACUGCUCGUCCUGAACCAUCUCAGAAUCCAUUGUCAGAAGAGGAUCAAAUUGCUCAAAUGAAACACCAAAUUCUUCUCGGGAACAUGUCGACUCAACAACUGGAACAAUAUACUGCUUAUCGAAGAUCUCGAUUCCAGAAGUCGACUAUUCGAAAACUUGUAAAAGAAUUCACUGGAGGGAUGAAUGUAAAUGACAAUGUAGUCAUUACAAUCGGUGCAUUGGCUAAAAUGUUGGUUGGAGAUAUAGUGGAAGAGGCAUUGGAUAUUCGAGAUUUGAAGGAGGACGAAUCUGAUCAACCACUCAAACCACAUCACAUUCGAAGUGCUUACAUGAAGGUCGCUAGACAAGGACAGUUUUAA